AUGAUGAGCGUUUUAAAAAAGAAAACAAAGUCUGAAGAAUGGGAAAAGAAAAAUAAAGAGACGGCAAAGAAACCACCAAUUGAAUCAUCUUCAUCUUCAGAAUCAUCAUCUUCUUCAGCUUCGUCAUCUUCAUCAUCAGAUGAAGAUAAUGUACCAGAUGUAAAGAAAAAGAAAUUAAAAAAGGAUAAAGAAAAAGAAAAGGAAAAGGAAAAGGAUAAAGACAAAGACAUUGUUGAACUAGAUGAUGGUAAAAAGUUUAGAUAUGGACAAGUUGUAUAUGGUAGAAUGAUUGGUUAUCCUCUUUGGCCUGCAAGAGUACAUAAUCCAAACAAAUCAAUAUCAAGUGAAGUAAAGAAAGCUCAACCUAAAAAUGGAUCUGUAAUAUUAUUACAUUUCUUUUCUAGUAAUGAUUAUGCAUGGCUUACACCAGACUCUGUAUUUGAGUUUGAUAAUCCACCAUUGAAAACAAAACCAAAAAGUAAAGUAUGGGUCAGAGCAUACAAGGCUGCUUUGAAAUAUAUUGCAAAUGACGAACAAUCUGCAUCUGAAGAUGAUUCGAGUGAAUCUGAUAGUAGUGAUAGCAGUAGUAGUGGUGAAAGCGAUUCUGAAGUAUCAGAUGAUGGAUCAGAAAUGACUGACGAGUCUAGUGAUAGUAAAGAAAAGGAAAAAGAAAAAGAAAAAGAAAAAGAAAAAAGUAAAUCUUCUUCUUCUUCUUCUUCAUCCUCUUCCUCUUCAUCAUCAACGAAAAAAGAAAAGAUUAAAGAACCAAUUAAAAAAGAAAUUAAAAAAGAAAUAGAAGUUAAAAAAGAAAUUAAAAAGGUAGAUAAUAGUAAAAAGAUAAAAGAACAACUUCCUGUAAAACCAGUUAAAAAAGAAUCUUCCUCUCCUUCUAUUACAACUCCUUCCAAUACUCCAUCUUUGUCAUCAUCAUCUUUAUCAAAAUCAAAAUCAAAAUCAAAAAAAUCAACAGCCAAAAGAAAAAUUGAAUCUGAUAGUGAAUCAAGUGAUGAAUUACCUCCAUCACCAUCAUCUUCUUCUUCAGAUUCGGAUUCCGAUUCAGAUUCAUCAUCAGAGGAUGAAAAAGUAAAAGGAGUGGAUAUUACAAGAAAACAUAAGCGAUUAAAAAAGUAUAAAGAUACUGUAAAAAAGGAUUCGAAAAAGUCAUCAUCAUCAUCAUCAUUGUCUUUAUCCUCCCCUUCAACGGCAACUGGUACUAGUAGUGUUGGUAAAUUGAAACAACCAACAAUUUCAUCACCAACCACGAGCGCGAUAGCCACUGUAUCCUCACCUUCCACUCCAACUCCUUCAUCUGCAUCAUCCUCUUUGGCUACAAGCACAACCACUACAACAACAACAACAUUUUACAAUAGAGGUCCACCAACUACCUCUUCAACCACUUCUUCAGACGCUUUUCCGAUCGAUCUCGAUUCCAAACCAUUUUAUACUGAACCACCCAGACAUGUAUUAAAUAAGACCUCGACCUCUCCCUCACCUUGGAAUAUCGAUACAUCAGACUAUGGAAAUAUUUCAAAACAACAACAACCUCAAUCGAUUGGUUCGGUAACUGGCCAAUACUCGCCUUUACCAACAACAUCGCCAUAUGGAAAAACAUCAGGAUUUGAAGACUAUUUAUCAACUCCUUAUAAACCACUUUAUGGUAGUGGUACGACAGACUAUUCAUCAUUGGUAUCAAGUAGUAGUGGUAUAGUCAAUACAAGUUCAAUCUAUGAUCAAAUCUAUAAACCAUCUAGUAGUAUCAGUACUAGCUCAAAUAAUAAUAAUAAUAUAGGUAGUGGAAUUAACAAUCUAUCAUCAUCAUUUUCUAGUACACCAACCAAAGAUACAAAUAGAUCAAUAAUGUCAUCAUCAACACCCAACUUUUCAACCAUACCUCCUCCAAACAAACAAGAUUUACCUUUACCACCCAACAAUAGAAUUUCACCGCAUCCUCUUGUUGGUCAUCAUCACCAACAACCACCUCCUCCACACCAUAAACCCGAACCUUAUGAUCGUGACGAUGAUUAUAGACGUGGCGGAAAUUAUGGUGGUGAAAGAGGAAGAGGUGGAUAUUACCGAGGGGGAGGUGGAGACCGAGGAAACAAUGAUUUCAGAAGAAGAGACGACUAUUAUGGACCACCUCCUCAAGGAGGAGGAGGUGAUCGUCUAGACUAUCCUCCUGGAGACAGAUACAAUAGAGGACCACCACCACCACAAAACUACUAUGGCGGAGGAGGUAGAGGUGGAAGAGGUGGAGGUGGGGAUUACCGUUAUAAACCACAUUACGAACCAAGAGGUGGAGGUAGAGGAGGAGGAGGAGGAGGAGAAGGUAGAGAUCACUGGGAAAGAGAUAGAUGGGAUCACCCAAGAGAUGGUGAUCGUUUUAAUGAUCAUAGAGGACCACCUCCACAUCAUAGAGAUUUAGAUCGUAGAGAUAUGUCUAUGGACAGAAUGGACAAUAGAAUGGAUAGAGAUAGAAUGGAUAUGGACAGAAGAAUGGACAGAGAUAGAAUGGAUAUGGACAGAAGAGAUGAUCAUUGGGAUAGAUGGGAUGGACGUCAAGAUCGAUUUAGAGGAAAUGAUCAUCAUAUUGACAAUGUAAACAGUAAUCAACAACAACAACAACCACAACCGCAACAACAACAAAAUAAUAUAAAUAGUAGUGGUAAAGAAAGUAAAUGGGAUAAAUCAACUCAUCCUCCAUCGACCACAACAUCCCAUUAA